CCUCAUAUUGCAGUUACACAGACAGAGUGGACUCACUGUUAUUCUUAGGAGAUGACAGGAGAUGAAGAAUGAUACAUGCACAGCGGUCAACCCGGACGAAGUAUAUGGCACGACGCGACCACGCGAUGUUUGGAUUCAGAUUGCGCUUUCGGUGACCCUCGGUUUGGGAGGCUUCCUCAGCUUCUGCUUUCUUCGCCCACGAUGGAAAGGGCUCUAUGCGGCGAGAAAGAAGCAAACUGCGCAAUCGACUGCCCUUCCUGAGCUACCAGACGGCUUCUUCCGUUGGAUACUGCCACUAUGGAGGAUCACGGAGGAACAAGUGCUUGCUUCCGCUGGGUUGGAUGCAUAUGUGUACCUCAACUUCUUCAAGAUGGCCAUCAAGUUCCUCCUCGUUUCGCUCUUCUUCGCCCUCGUCGUUAUCAAACCCGUGCACGAUACCCACAAGGAUAAAGAGGACGACAAGCCUAAGAAACCCUCACCGAUUCUACGAGCCGAUGGACUGACGGAGCACCUUGAAGCUCGUUCGAGCUGGCUGCAGGUGGCCGAGGGGUUCGAAUACUACACCGACUAUCUCUGGAUGUAUAUUGUUUUCGCAUAUCUGUUCACUGCUCUCUUAAUGUACUUGAUCGUUGCGGAGACAAGGAAGGUCAUCGACGUUCGACAAGAGUAUCUUGGCAGCCAGACCACAAUCACCGAUCGCACAAUUCGCCUGUCGGGGAUCCCGCCGUCACUAAGGUCUGAGGAGAAGAUCAAAGCGUUCAUUGAGGACCUGGAACUUGGGAAGGUUGAGAGCGUGACGCUGUGUAAGAAUUGGAAAGAGUUGGAUGAUGCGAUCGUCCAGCGGCAGAAAAUUCUGAGGAAGUUGGAAGAAGCCUGGACAAUUCAUCUCGGCAAAAGAAGAGUCGAAAGAAAUCUGGAAACCCUGCCUGUAGUCCAGCCGCCGCCUCCAGGACCGGAAGUGGGCCCAAAUGAAGCUGACGGGGAGACCAGCCGUCUCCUUGGUAAUGGAGACGCAUGGCCAGACAGUGUCAUUCCGUAUGCGCGUAAGCGACCCACUGCGAAAAUAUGGUACGGACGGUUCAAGUUGAGAUAUAAAAACGUCGACGCGAUCAACUACUACGAGGAGAAACUUCGCCAGCUGGACUCUCGCAUCAGGGUACUCAGAAAGAAAGACUUUGAGCCAACGCCAUUGGCUUUUGUGACGAUGGAUAGCGUCGCGAGUGCCCAGAUGGCUAUCCAGGCCGUACUUGAUCCCUCGCCUCUCCAGCUCCUCGCGAACAGUAGUCCGGCGCCCAAUGAUGUCGUUUGGUCGAACACGUAUAUGCCGCGCUCGAGACGAAUGGUUCGGGCUUGGUCCAUCACAGCGUUUAUUGGUCUCCUCAGCAUUUUCUGGACGGCCCUGCUCGUUCCUAUUGCCGCUGCACUCAACACAUGCUCUAUAAAAGAAGUGUUUCCUGGUCUGGCGGAUGCUCUUGACUCCCACAAAGUCCUGGAAUCCCUUGUCAAUACCCAAUUGCCCACCUUGGCACUUACGCUGCUCAACGUGGGAGUACCUUACCUUUAUGACUGGCUGGCAAAUCAGCAAGGCAUGAUCUCUCAAGGCGACGUUGAGCUCUCCGUCAUCUCGAAGAACUUUUUCUUCACCUUUUUCAAUUUUUUCAUACUUUUCACGGUCUUGGGUACCGCAUCUAACGUCGUGGAUAUGCUUCAACGCUUUGGCGAAAACCUCAACAAUGCUGCUAGCAUGGCAAUCGCAAUCGCCGAGUCGCUUAGGAAGCUGCUGACCUUCUACACCAACUUCAUUAUCCUCCAAGGGUUCGGACUCUUCCCAUUACGCCUUAUGGAGAUUGGAGCCCUGACCUUGUAUCCGAUCAAUCUGAUGGGCGCGAAGACUCCACGAGACUACGCCGAGCUGGUUCAACCGCCAGUCUUCAGCUACGGCUUCUUCUUACCUCAGACUAUUCUUAUCUUCAUCAUAUGUGUCGUCUACAGCGUCUUGGAAGACUCCUGGAAAGUGCUGCUUGCGGGGCUUGCAUACUUCAUGAUCGGCCAUUUUGUUCACAAAUACCAACUACUCUAUGCCAUGGAUCACCGCCAGCAUGCAACAGGUAAAGGCUGGAUGCUGAUGUGCGACCGCCUCAUUGUUGGGAUAGGGCUUUUUCAGGUCACCAUGGCUGGUCAACUGGCGACCAGAGGAGCUUUCAAGCGAUCCCUCCUCAUUGCUCCACUGUUGGGUGGCACUCUGUGGUUUGCGUACGUGUAUAGUCGGACGUACCGGCCACUAAUGAAGUUCAUCGCUCUCCGCAGUCUCCGGUUACAGGAGCAUUCCGACCUUGGACGCGCUAUUCAGGAGGAUAUGUACUCUCCGGGUGUGCGGCAUCGUGUUCAUGUCGGCCGCCAGACUGUGGACGAAGCAAGGGAGCGGGGGACACGGUUUGAAAACCCAAGCCUGAUCAUGCCGCUGGAUGACGUGUGGAUCAUCAAUAAAUCUGCCAGAUCGGAAACCGGAUCGAUUUCGCACAACCAGAAUGGUGAUUAAGAUCCAGUUGGGGUUAUGCCCCUUCCUCCCAUGCAUUUACCUGCCCUGUUCGGGGAGCGACUUCUCGCAUUGAUGGAUCUUUCACCUUAUAUAUUCUUUUGGAAUGGAGUGAUGGGCUAGGAGAGGUACUGGGGUAGGCCUUGGGGUUGUUGACAAGUUAAAGCUUUUUCUCUGUUAGUUGGAUACCCAUUAGUAGACUUGUAAUUCUACUCGUAGUUAUUGUACGCCUCUGAAGAUAUCGAGCUUCUUGCACACAAUCUGAUCAACAUAAUGUCCUA